AUGACUAAGAUUAAGUCGAUCGAAUACUUCCGGGUCAAGCCUCGUUGGCUGUUCGUCAAAAUCACCGACGAAGAGGACCGUUUUGGAUGGGGAGAGGGUACAUUGGAGGGUCAUUCCCUUGCCGUAGAAGGUGCACUUGAUGAAAUCAUCAUGAGAAUUGCUGGAUACGAGGCAGAUGAUAUCGAGCACAUUUGGCAAACAAUAUGGCGACUUGGUUUCUACCGAGGUGGACCAGUCUUCAUGUCAGCACUAUCAGGGAUUGAUAUCGCCUUAUGGGAUCUUAAGGGCCGCAAAUUGGGGGUUCCAAUCCAUCAACUGCUGGGUGGAAAGGUGCGCCAGAAAGUUCAGGUUUAUGCCUGGAUCGGAGGAGAUCGCCCAAGUGACGUAGAAGCUGCAGCAAAAGCUCGAAUCGCCCAAGGCCUCAAGUGUAUCAAAAUGAACGCCACUGAAGAUGUCAACUGGCUUGAUUCGCCAGCUGUCCUGCAGUCAUGUGUUGAGCGAUUGAAGCAAGUGAAAGCUCUGGGUCUUGAUGCUGGGCUAGAUUUCCAUGGUCGCCUUCAUCGUCCGAUGGCAAAGCAGCUAGCCAAGGCAUUGGAGCCUUACCAGCCUUUGUUCAUCGAAGAGCCCCUCCUGUGUGAGCACCCCGAGGCCAUUAAACAGCUUUCCCGGCAAACAACAAUCCCCAUCGCAUUUGGCGAACGUUUAUACAAUCGGUGGGAUAUUAAAAGAUUCUUGGAAGAUUCGUCCGUGGACGUUCUCCAGCCCGACAUCGCCCACGCAGGCGGUAUAUCGGAGACUAUGCGAAUAGCAAACAUGGCUGAAGCCUACGAUGUUUCCAUUGCUCCCCACUGUCCCUUGGGCCCGAUUGCUUUGGCUGCCUCUCUACAGGUGGCUGUUUCAAUCCCGAACUUUGUGAUCCAAGAGAUGUCACUAGGAAUGCACUACAAUAUAGAAGCUGGAGACAUUGAUUUGAACAGCUACCUGGUAGACAAAACGGUCUUUGACAUCAAGGAGGGUUAUGUGGCUGCCCCCUGCAAGCCAGGUCUGGGAAUCGACAUAGAUGAGGAUCUGGUGCGCAAGAUAAGCAAGGAUUCAGAGCCAUGGCAGCCCAAGGAAUUCCAUGGACCAGAUGGCUCUAUUCGGGAGUGGUAG